AUGAGGGCAGAAACAGAAAUAAUCGGAUCCAGAGAGGCUCGUGCUGGAUUGGCCACCACAUGGCGGUGUAGCUUCUCCGAAUCUCUGCGAACUUGCGAUCUAGGUCCCGUCCCUCUGGCUCGGCAGAUUGAAUGCAGUCUACAGCAGGCCACUUCACAGUGGUCUCAGAUGGAUUGUGGCGCUCGUCUUGAGAUGCAGUUGAAGACGCAGGACGAGAACGCAUGCCAAACGGUAACGAAACAGACUGGACCCAGCACGCUGGAAACCCGCCCUUAUUGCCCAGCUGGAGCUCAAGAAGCACUUGCGGCGAUUUUCUCGCGAUGGAACGUUGGCUGGGAAAGUAUGCGAAGAUAG